GUGUUCAAAGGUCUCUAGACACCAUUCGAGAAAGCCCUAAAACCCACCACUUUCCAGUUUCACUCAAGAAAGUGCUCUCUCCGUCUCUCCCGCUCGCUCUUUUUUGGGACGCAGCAACUCUCCUCAACCCUUGAUCUGUAGUUCAGUUGAUUUCUUGCUGCAGCAAAAAUGUCUCUUCGAGUUUUGAACCCUAAUGCGGAAGUACUCAACAAAUCCGCUGCUCUUCAUAUGAACAUCAAUGCCGCCAAGGGUUUGCAAGACGUUCUCAAGACCAACCUAGGUCCCAAAGGCACCAUUAAGAUGCUUGUUGGUGGAGCCGGGGAUAUUAAGCUUACAAAAGAUGGUAACACACUCUUGAAAGAAAUGCAAAUUCAGAACCCAACUGCAAUUAUGAUUGCAAGGACAGCUGUUGCCCAAGAUGAUAUAAGUGGAGAUGGUACUACUUCAACUGUCAUAUUUAUUGGCGAGCUGAUGAAACAAUCGGAACGCUACAUUGACGAAGGUAUGCAUCCACGUGUUCUAGUUGAUGGAUUUGAAAUCGCUAAAAGAGCAACGCUGCAAUUUCUUGAAAAGUUCAAGACUCCUGUAGUGAUGGGUGAUGAACCUGAUAGAGAGAUUUUGAAGAUGGUAGCAAGAACAACAUUAAGAACAAAGUUAUAUGAAGCAAUGGCGGAUCAAUUGACUGACAUAGUUGUAAAUGCGGUUCUCUGCAUUCGCAAGCCUGAGGAAGCUAUUGAUCUGUUUAUGGUUGAGAUUAUGCACAUGCGCCACAAAUUUGAUGUAGACACCCGUUUGGUUGAGGGUCUUGUUCUUGAUCAUGGUUCUAGGCAUCCAGACAUGAAACGAAGAGCAGAGAAUUGUUAUAUCUUGACUUGCAAUGUAUCAUUAGAGUAUGAGAAGAGUGAAAUAAAUGCAGGUUUUUUCUACUCAAAUGCAGAGCAGAGAGAGGCAAUGGUUGCAGCAGAAAGGCGUUCUGUUGAUGAGAGAGUGAAAAAAAUUAUUGAACUAAAGAAUAAGGUUUGCUCAGGCAAUGAUAAUAACUUCGUUGUUAUUAAUCAAAAAGGAAUCGAUCCUCCAUCACUGGACCUUCUUGCUAGGGCAGGGAUAAUUGCCCUUCGAAGGGCAAAGAGGAGAAAUAUGGAAAGAUUGGUUUUGGCUUGUGGAGGGGAGGCUGUUAAUUCUGUUGAUGACUUGACCCCUGAUUGCCUUGGUUGGGCUGGAGUUGUAUACGAGCAUGUUCUUGGAGAAGAGAAGUAUACUUUCGUGGAAAAUGUCAAGAAUCCUUACUCUUGCACAAUCUUAAUAAAAGGACCUAAUGACCAUACAAUUGCCCAAAUUAAAGAUGCUGUUCGUGAUGGCCUGAGAGCAGUCAAAAAUACUAUCGAAGAUGAAUCAGUUGUAUUAGGGGCAGGGGCUUUCGAAGUUGCAGCCCGACAACACUUGAUCAAUGAAGUAAAGAAAACUGUUCAAGGGCGUGCCCAACUUGGUGUUGAAGCUUUUGCUGAUGCCCUUCUUGUGGUGCCUAAGACACUUGCUGAAAAUUCUGGUCUUGACACUCAAGAUGUGAUCAUUGCUCUUACGGGGGAGCAUGACAGAGGGAAUAUUGUGGGUUUAGAUCAGCACACAGGUCAUCCUAUUGACCCCCAAAUGGAGGGUAUUUUUGACAACUACUCUGUGAAGCGCCAAAUCCUAAACUCUGGACCUGUCAUUACAUCCCAGUUGCUUCUUGUUGAUGAAGUAAUUCGCGCAGGUCGGAACAUGCGGAAGCCAACUUGAUAACUGUACCUUCAUGUGCACUUUUGUGAGAUGGAGGGUUUUCUUGUGUCUCCGAUUCUCUGGGUGUUUUGAAUUGUUUAUGCGUGCUUCCAACUUCUUCAGUGUAAACUAGUUUGUGGUUGUAAUUUAAGGUUUUUGGGGGAGGUUUUGUGCAAUCACAGCAAAAUUUUUGUUAGUGGAAGGUCUUCCAUCAGAUACAUGCUAUAAUCAAAGACAUAUCAGCAGCUUCUUCAAACUAUUUACCUUUUAGUAAUGUUUCUUGUUCAAACGUAAGCAGUAAAAUCUUUGAUUUGUGGCGUACAAA